GACGUCACGCAGGUAAGACCGGUACACUGUCGUCUGAUCGAGCUGUCAGUCAUGUGCGGGCGGGUCCCCGUCAGCCUAUCGCUAACCUUUCAUGCGGAUUUUAACCCUGAAAUCCCGUCAGAGUCAAGGUAGCAGUUCCUUCGGUAUGGAGGGGAGCGCGGUUCGCAAAAUGUACGGAUUUGCUGCGUCGUUUUUGUUGAUAUGUGGAGGAAUUUCGCCGGUUUUCUGUACCACAGCUAUGGGUACUACGUCACUUCCGGGUACAACUGACGUCACAAGUACGAGGGCAACUGGGGAGACAACAAUAGACCAAAGCGCCGCAACAACGAUAGCGACAUCGCCCCCUGUUACAUCAACAGAAAUGUACACUUCUACAGAUACGAGAACACUAAUAACAGCCACGAAGACAUCAGAUUCUACAACAGACGCAACAGACAUAGCCGCAACUGACGAUACAACAUUUUAUGAUGGUACUACAACGCCGAUGCCAACUGGGGAGACAACAACAGACCAAAGUGCUGUAUCAACGAUAGCAACAUCGCCCCCUAGUACAACAACAGUCGUGGACAGUUCAACAGAUACGCGAACACUGAUUACAGCUUCAAAGAUGUCUACAACAGACGCUACAGACAUGGCCGCAACUGGAGAUACAACAUCUUAUGACGGUACUACAACACCGAUGCCAACAUUACCGCCUGAUACAACUACAGUCGUUGACAGUUCAACAGAUAUCCGAACGCAAACAACAGUAUCAUCCGUUACCCAGGUCACUAACACUGCUGAAAAUUCCACCGAAUUCUCCACACAAAUCACUACUUUCCCUCCCACGUCUUCGCCAUUAGAGGAAACUACGAACGAAAAUAUGUCAACAGAGUCAGAGACUUCAACAAGGUCUGUCUCUACGAAAUACACGUUACAGACUGCGACAGGGGAUGCAUCGGAAAGUUCAACAGCUCUGACAACGAAUGUGAUCUCUACAGAACUAGAUAGAACUUCUGACAUUGUGACAACAGAAGCGACGACUGAGUUGUCAGUAUCUACUGGGGUCACUUCCACCGACAGCACAGAGGUGUCAUCUAUGACAGAUUUCACGACUUUGAUCUCAAGCAAAACGUCUAUGAAUCAACAUGCCACAACAGAGAGGGAAACUACCAUGGCGACCAAAACAGGGGAACAAACGACACCAAUCACGUCAGAGGAAAUGACGUCAACCACAAGCUUCCCGUCAUCCAUAGCGACUACAAAUAUGUUGACAGCUGAAACAAUAUCAGAGAAUACAGCCGUAACCACAGAGAUAGAACUGAACAGCAUGGCGACCACCGAGGAGAGCACACAGGUGAUUAGCACAACUGAGAUCACUGAUGCUACUUCAAGCAUUCAAGGUUCUGCGCAAACGCAGACGACCGGUAUGCAAAGUACAUCCGGGGUAAUGUCCAGUGACGUCACAACACCUCCACCAACAACAGUUGUUGAAAGCUCUACUGAUACAACCGAGUUGUCGUCCGUUGGUACCGAAGUUACAACGGUAAAUGCUCUCACGGUAAGAACUACAACGGAGGCUUUCUCGACUGAUUUAAGUACAUCCGGGAUAUUGUCCACUGACGUCACCACGCCUCCACCAACCACAGCUGUAGAAAUAUCUACAGGUACAACCGAACUGUCAUCCGUUGGUACAGAAGUUACAACGGUAGAUUCUUUCACGAUGCGAACUACAACCGAUGCCUUCUCAGCUAGUUUCAGUACAUCCGGGACGCUAUCCAGUGACGUAACAACGCCUCCGCCAACCACAGCUAUAGAAAGAUCUACUGAUGUAACCGAAUUUUCCUCCGUUGGCACCGAAGUAACAACCGAAGAUUUUGUUACGGCGCAAACUACAACCGAGGCUUUCUCAACUGGUUCAUCCGGGUUAUUUUCUAGAGACGUUACAACACCUCCACCAACAACGACCGUUGGCCCAUCUACUGAUACAACAGAAUUUUCCUCCGUUGGCAACGAAGUAACAACGGAGGAUUCUUUUACGGUGCGUACUACAACCGAGGCCUUUUCAAGCUCUGGUUUUCAAACUACAUCCGGGAUAAUUUCCAGUGACGUAACAACGCCUCCACCAACCACAGCUGCAGAAAUAUCUACUGAUGUAACCGAAUUUUCUUCCGUUGGCACCGAAGUUACAACCGAAGAUUCUUUUACGGUGCGUACCACAACCGAGGCCUUCUCAAGUACAUCCGGGAUAUUUUCCAGUGGGGUUACAACACCUCCACCAACGACGACCGCUGGCCUAUCUACUGAUACAACGGAAUUUUCCUCCGUUGGCACCGAAGUUGCAACCGAAGAUUCUUUUACGUUGCGAACCACAACCGAGGCCUUCUCAAGUACUAAUAUUCAAAGUACAUCCGGGGUACUGUCCAGUGACGUCACAACACCUCCACCAACCACAGCUGUAGAAAGAUCUACAGGUACAACUGAAUUGUCUACCGUUGGUACCGAAGUUACAACUGAAGAUUCUUUUACGUUACAAACUACAACCGAGGCCCUGUCGACUGGUUUCAGCACUGGCGCGGCAACUGAUACCACUGCGCUCCAUGCGACGGACGGAGGAACUGCAACUCAGCAGACAACACCUGAAAGCAUGUCGCUAUCUACUGACGUCGCAGAUGAAGUGUCUAGUACGGAUGUUUCUGUGACAACCGUUGAAACAACGUACGUUACAACGUCUACAACUGCUACCACAGCGAAAAGUACAACGGAGCGAACGACAGAGCCACCACCCUCUUCAAGCAAUUUUGUGUCUGAAAUUACAACACAAGCAGAUACGGACGUUACGACCGACACAACGCCUGACAUUACAACGGAUAUAUCAACAAUAGACGUAACAACAGGACUCACGGCUACAUCUGGAAUGACUACAUCGGGAAAAAGAGAGACAACCCUAGAAACGACCCAGAAUUCUAUUACAACGUUUACACAGCCAACAAGUCAGGCAACAACCCAAAGGACAACUGUUCAAACAUCCACUCCCCAGCCAACGGCCACAAGUCCACCGGUUACCACUGACGUUUCAACAGAAGAGGUUACAACUGGAACUAUGGAAUCCUCAAUGAGUGCCUCCACGUCUCCUGUUACUGAGGAUGCGUCGACAACUAUGCGCACUAUGUCACAGUCUAGUACACAAGAAUCGACGACGUCAGAGACAACGGCGCCUUCAACAACGCAGUCCACCGGUGAGCAGACAGAACAAACAACUGCGGUUCUGUUUACUACCGACAUUGUCACAGAAAUACCAGAGGAGACGCAAUCCACAACGCCAUCCUCAACUGAGCAGACGAGACCAACAGAAGCCACAACAGACGAUAGGACCGGCAGCAGCACAAUGGUACCAUCUACGCAAGGUACCAUAGACAAAAGCACGGUACCACCCGAUACCACCACAUCGUCAACCGACACAACCGGGACGAUAGGCACUGCAACAUCAUCCACAGAGCGCCCCACAGCGACUUCGGAAAUAACUACAACAGAAGAAACCAUUGGAAGUCAAACAAGUGUCGUCACUUUUGAAAUGACCACUACGGAAGAAACUACACUAGGGCCAUCUACAACACCACAGAUGUCGACGAGUAAAGGUACUACUGAAAUCACUACAGUACCUAAGACCAGUAUGACAACGGCAGCAAAAACAGACCGAACUUCUACAGGGACCGUUGGUACAUCGUCAAUUUUGAAUACCUCAAUGGAGACAACGAUGACUACUGGAUUAAGUACUGGAACAACGCUGGGCGUCACAAACAAAAGUACAAUGACGGAAAAAACGACUGAACGAACAACUGUGGAACCUGGUACUACAGAAAUUAUCACUAUGGAAGUCGAAACAACUGAUGAUUUUGGAAGUACAAAGAAAACAACGACUUUAGCCGAGACAACCACAAGGGCUACAAUAGGACAAGGUGCAACGGAGACAACAACUCUUCCACCGGCUACAACCACUGAGUCUGGUACGACAAGGAAAACUACAACGAUGGAAACUACAGUUGUUCUUACAACAGCGCUGGACAUUGGUACAGAAGAUGAAACGUCGAAUACACCAACUACAGCAAAAACAGACAACACCAAAGAAACCACCACCAUCAUAACAGCAACUGGUGCAACUACCAGUCAGAAAACCAUGACGGUACCCACAGUUACACACAUGGCAGGUUCUACGGAAGAAACCACUGCAGCGACAAUUACCAACAAAGCAACUGGUACCACAGAUGAAACAACGUUAUCCACGGGUACAUCGUUGGGACGAGGCACCACGGGUGAGACCACUAUGCCGCCAACAACGUAUGGAAGCACCAUGGCACAGGGUACCACAGAAAGUACGACGGCAGCUCCAUCAACUUCUACAGACUUUGGUACAUCGGAGGAGACGACCUUACUACAGGUGACCACGGUAAUCACAGACGAAACAACUGAGGAAGAGACGGGUACCACGAAAAGGACCACAGUACCGCCAUCUACGUCUACGGGGAUAUCUGCGACUGAGCAAACGACAAUGCCGACUACUGUUUCAUCACUUGGUACCAUGGCAACGAGUCCUAGGAUGGUAACUACGGAACAAGUAGGAAGUACAAGAGAAAUCACGAACCCAGCAAUUACCACUCCUGGACAACAGGGAACGUUGGAGUUCUCUACAGCACUGACCACUAGUCUGGAGACCGGUACAGAAGAGACAACAGUCAACACAGUUACAGAAGAAACGACAUUUCCAUCAUCUAGUACUAAAGAUAGCACAGGAACCACUAAAACCACAACCAUCAUAACUACAACAACAGAACAGGGCAUCACAGAGAAUACUGACAUGCCAUCGACGUCGACAGCGGUGCCGGGUACUGCAGAAGAAACCACGAUACUACAAAUUACCACAGAAACAGAUGUAACAGACAGUACAGAUGAAUCUACUACAAUCCAGGGGCGUACCUCACCAGAAAACACGGUGCCUUCAACGGCCACUGUAGAGACCAAGCUACCACCGACUACUACAUCGACUGAAACCACGGCUACAACAGAAACCAUGCCGCCUCCAAGUACAGCAUCUGAACUCGGCACUACAGAAGAUACGACGAUAAUUCUGAGUACCUCUGAUGAGGCAGAUAGCACAGAGGAAACAACGUUAACGCCAGCGGCAACAACGAAUGGCGACGUCACAGAAUCUACUAUUUCGUCCUCAACCUCUGCGACACAGCAGACUCUUACAAAAGAAACCACUAUGAUUCUCCCAACUACCAGGGCAGAGCGGAGUCCUACGAGGAAAACGACGAUAGCAACACCUUCGACUGAAACAGAGGAUACUUCGGUUUUUACUACCGAAGUUGUAACAGAGGAGACCUCCAUGCCACAAACUGAGGCAACUGCACAAGGUGCUACAGGUGAAACUACUGAGGUACUUACUUCAACAACGGGAAAAGGUGCCACGGUAGAAACUCCAAUGCCUUCCACAGUUACAACGGAAGAAGGUACCACAAUAGACACUUUGGAUGAGACACCAAUGCCUCCGACCUCCACCACACAGCUAGGUACCACGGACGACACACCAAUGCCUCCCACAGUUACAUCAGAGCUAGGUACCACGGACGAUACACCAAUGCCUCCCACAGUUACAACAGAGCUAGGUACCAUGGACGAUACACCAAUGCCUCCCACAGUUACAACAGAGCUAGGUAUCACAGUUGAAACUUCGAUGUCCCCGACCCCUUCAACCAAGAGAGGUACCACGGACGAGACACCAAUGCCACCCACCUCUACAUUCGAGUUAGGUACCAGUGUAGAAACCUCCACAAGUCCGACGUCUUCAACUGACUUAGGUACCACGGACGAGACAGCUAUGCCUUUGACAGUUGAAACGGAGCUAGGUACCACAGUUUCCUAUCUUGUCAAAUAG